AGUCCUGACAUAUCUGACGAACACUUCCCUUUGAAAAUGUGUCGGGCGUAGUUUCCAAGUUACUGCACCUGAAAUAUGUUUGCCUGGCCUGCCUAGGAUAGGAGUAAAAUGACCCUAGUAUGGAAAUUUAUCCUUUUGAUCAGUAUAUUCUACCUGGCUCUAGAAGUUUCAACAGAAAAGAGCAGAAAUGGCAAGUUUAGAAAACUGAAGCCUCGCAGCGGAAGUGGUGGUAACGGCAACAUCUUAAUCCAAAGGGGCAACGGAGCCGGCCGAGUGCAGAACAUCAAGGUUAACGCUGUGUCGGGAAAUAGGGUCCACAUCACCAUCAACCGCAGAAGGGGCAACCACACCAAUAAUGGCAAUCGUUUGAUCCUGUUGAAAUGCUGUGGCGGUUCAACCACCUGUGAUGGUUCAGGCGGUUCAGACGCAUCUUAUGACGGAGACUAUCCAGAUUCAAACUCUGGCAAAGCGGCGGGAUCGGAAAAUAAUGCCGGCGCAGGAAAAUCAUCUUCCGCAGCUCCUUCCGAUAGUGGUGCUGGGGCAGACCCAGGUGCUGCAGCGGCUGAUGCGGGAGCAGCAGGUACUGAUUCGUCUGGUGGCAGUGGAACUACAGGCGAUGCUACGACAGAUUCAUCGCAAACAGUAGAUGCUGCGGCUGGGAGUGGUGGUGCCGCUGCAGAUGCAGGAACAGGGGGCGCAGCGGGUGCUGCAAGUGGAGGUGCAGCAGACACGGCUGGAAACGCAGCCGGUGGUGGCUCAGGCACUGGAGGUGCUGCAGGAGGAGGAGGUGGAGGGGGCGCCGUUGUGGAAACCACCACUGCUGCUCCACUGCAAGACACAACCACUCAGCCUGUGGACACAACAACCACCACUUCAACAACCACCGUUGCAACUACCACCGCUACAACGGUGGCAAACGGAGGAGGAGGAGGGGGAGUAGGAGGAGGAUGGGGCGGUCCAGCUGCAGGCGCCACCGAAACAACAACCACAACGACUACCACUAAAUUGACCACGACCACCACAGAAGUACCCGUGGUUUGUCCGAAUCAAACGUGUCCCCCUGUCAAUGGUUCCGACGCCUGCGCAUAUAAUCCAAUGGUGGUGACGAUGGCCAGAAACGGAAUGUUACCGCCAGGAACAGGUUCCUUCCAAACUACUUGCGGAAAAGAAUACGUUUUUGCUCAGCAAUUAGGCACAUACGCGGAAGCAGUAAAGGCUUGUUGUACUUUGAGCACGAGAUUAGCUUCAAUGGAAAAGGUCACAGAGAUCAAGUGCCUGGCUAGCUUCGUCAAAAGUUCGCCGACAGUGGUGGGUUCGACAACCAAAUUUUGGGUCAGCGGAUUGAACUAUGGCUGCCGUGGAAACUACAAGUGGUGCAGCACCAACACUGCAUUUGACACAAACGAAAAGUUGUGGCUGCCAGGUCAGCCGUCUCGGACCGCAAAUUCCACCUGCGUUUUCGUCACCCUGGAUCCGGCAGGUUUUGGCCUGUCCAAUGAAAAUUGCGAUCAAAAAAUGGGAUUUAUUUGUGAAUAAUUCAAAAUUUAUUUGAACGCCAUCAAAGCUGCAUCAAAGAAAACUCUUUAAGUAGACUUUUGCAAUAAAAUCAGAAAAUCAAAGGCACGUCGAAAUGCCAGUCUUGU